UAUUAUGCAUAGUACCAUUGUCAAAAUAUAUGUAGCUUCUGGAGAUAACGUAAUUUAUGAACCAUUCCAUUCUCUUCACGUGUUGAACUCAUCGGUAUCAGAACUUACAUUUCAGUACUCUUAUAUGUUUUCAUCUAUGAAUUCUACAUAUCAUAUUCGAAAUGUUACAUUUGAUAAUAAACCACAAAUCUAUGAUAUCUCUGGUAAUGCAUUUGGAGACUUCAAAAAAUCUUCUUUUACCCUGGGAGAUAUCUUGAAUGCAAGCUUCAACGCGUUCACAAAAAUGCCUUCGAUUAGUUAUUGUAGAAUCUUGGACUUCAGCUUCAACAGGCUUACAAGCUACGCACAUUCUGCGACUCAUACACAUGUUAUAUUCCUAAACAACAACCAAAUCAAGUCUGUCAGAAGAGCAAAUUACGUCCCAACAGUCGAAACCAGCUUGAGAAUCCUUGAUAUCUCGUACAAUAACGUUACGGUUGUUAAUGCUGGAGACCUUCUCGCCGCUAAUUUGAUAUUUCUGAAUUUGUCAAACAACAUUAUUCACUCAAUACACUUUGAAGCAUUCGUUGGUACACCACAACUCACCUAUCUUGACUUGUCACAUAACAACAUCUCAGAAAUCGCUUCUGGAACCUUCAUUCCACUUCAGAAUUUGGAAGAGCUAUAUUUGCAAGAAAACUCCUUUCAGGUCACUGUUGGAAUGUUUGAAGGUCUUGUUAGUCUACGAUUGAUGGUGGUUAGUCUUUAUACGAUAUGCUGCGCGAAACCCAACAGCAGAUAUGAUAUUCAAUGUAUAGCUCCGGUGAACGAGAUUUCCUCUUGUGAGAACCUGAUAGCUGUACCGGUUCUCAAUGUUUUAAUAUGGUACAUUGCCUUAAUAGCGGCUUUUGGAAACAUCGCUGUUCUAAUAUUUAACGUUGAAAAAUCUAAAGGCAAAAAAGCUGGUGCUUAUUACAUCCUAGCAAUGAAUCUGGGCUGUGCUGACUUUUUGAUGGGUGUUUAUCUCUUUAUAAUCGCUUUUAUAAAUCUACGUUAUACGGGAGACUACGGGAUGAACGACUACGUUUGGAGACAUAGCUAUAUUUGUACCCUAGCCGGAAUCAUGGCCACUCUUUCGAGCGAGGUAUCUGCUUUUGUUGUUUUGUUCAUCACCCUCGAUAGACUUAUUAUUGUCAAGUAUCCAUUUUCAGAUGCUAAACUUACAAAGAAGAAAGCGCAUUUGCUUAUGCCAACUGUAUGGAUGCUCUCCGCUUUCUUAUCCAUAUUCCCUUUAAUUCCGAACACUGGUCUUGAGAACUUCUACGCACAGUCUGGAAUAUGUGUCUCGCUUCCAUUGUCUGUUAUAAGAAGGUCUGGAUGGGAAUACUCAAUGAUUGUGUUCGUGGGUAUCAAUUUUCUUCUUUUCCUUGGCAUUCUUGUUGGACAGAUUUCGAUAUUCGUAGAAGUGAUUUAUGUUGGGAGAAAUGUCAGAUCGACCAAGACAAGGCAGAGGGAAGCUUCCCUGGCUAUGACGCUGUUUGCCAUCGUACUGACUGACGUCUUCUGUUGGAUAGCGAUAGGGACGAUAGGAAUGCUAACCUUUUGGGGAAUUGAGGUUUCACCUGAAGUGUAUGGCUGGAUGGUUGUAGUAGUUUUGCCUAUAAAUUCCGCCAUUAAUCCAAUCCUCUACACCCUGACUUCUAUUAUCAGGAAUAAGAGAAGGAGGAACGGGGAAAAUAGUUCCGAGCUGAAAACACAACUUUCUUCGCUUAAGCUCACUCUGGAUAACGCAAGGGACAGAGCUAUCAGCACUAUCUCUGAAAAAUUGUCCGAUAACCCAGACCUUCACGACUUUCCUACCCUGAGGAUCAGGGAUUUGAAAGAAAAGAUUAGAACCGAGAACACGAAGGAGGCACAAAAUGAAAAGUGUUCCGAGUAAGGGAGGCACAGAAUGAAAAGUGUUCCGAGUAAAGGAACACAAAAUGAAAAGUGUUCCGAGUAAAGGAGAGUGUAAACUUGUACACAAUGAUCAUCUACUCAGCAUAUUCUGUA